GCCCUCCGGCCGCCACCGCGCCGCUGGCGGUGAUCGGUUUCAAUAUUCCACAACAGUGCAACGUACACGUCAAAACUCGACACGUGGCAUCACAAAACAACAAAACUGCAACUCCCUAGAUACAUAUACAGUGCGUCACCUCUCACUUGCUCGCUGUGACCGAUUCAUUAUUUAUGCGGUUUUGUUUGCAAUUUGUGAAGAAACGUAUGGCGCUGUUGGAAUAAAAAACAUCUAUGAAUUUCCUAAUCUGUCGCUCUCAACUUUUUUGUUUUCAAUUUCUAGAGUCGUAGAAAAACAGGGAGUUAAAAACGAAGCAGCUUUCCUUUUCGAUUUUUUUUUCUGCUGUUGCGGCGGAGGUGAUGGCUUGGUCGCUUAAUGCGGCAGCGAUGGUAUCGCCCUUCGCCGAUUCCAACGACAUCGAAUUUGGGAAUCCAUGGUGGUUUGUCUACGCCGGCGUCUCCUGCUUCCUCGUUCUCUUCGCCGGAAUCAUGUCCGGUUUGACUCUAGGAUUGAUGUCUCUCGGAAUCGUUGAGCUCGAGAUACUGCAGCGGAGCGGCACCUCCACGGAGAAGAAGCAAGCUGGUAGUAUCUCUGUGUGUAUAUGUGUGUGUCUAGUUAAUCCUGUUGCUCUCUCCCUCUCUAUUGAUGUUUUAUUGAAGAAAUAUGAAUUUUGUUAUUGGAAUUGUUGUGAUUUUGUUUUGAUGUGGCAAGUUGAGAUAGUUUGUUUAGUGAUGAUUUUGAGCAAUUAUUUUCAGCUGUUAUUUUUCCGGUUGUUCAGAAGCAGCACCAACUUCUUGUAACCCUACUACUGUGCAAUGCUGCUGCGAUGGAGGUUAGUUGAUGAUUUUCACUAACUUUCUGUAGAAUUGAUGGAAACACAGACGAUGAAGAAACAUAUUCAAAACAGCAAGCAUACGGCAAAGAUUGAACCGAAGAAUUAGCUGAUAUUGAGUAUUCAAUCAUGCAUUUUAGCUCAAUGACACCCAUUGAAUCAACAUUUUCCCUUGAUGCAAACACCAAACUGAAUUGGGAAACUAUUGGAAAAAUCCUUUCACGGGGUCAUAGUCGUAUUCCUGUGUACUCAGGGAACCCAAAGAACAUUAUCGGACUUCUGCUGGUAAAAAAUCUCCUCACUGUAAGAGCUGAAGUGGAGGCUCCAGUUAGCUCGGUUUCAAUCAGAAGAAUGCCUAGAGUACCGGCAGAUAUGCCCUUGUAUGAUAUUCUUAAUGAGUUUCAAACGGUUGGCAGCCACAUAGCAGCUGUAGUAAAGGUGAGAGAGAAGGAGAAGAAGCUUAUUUCCUCUAAUGUGAUGGUUGGAGAGAAAAUUUCAACCAAAGGUGAUUCGCAAUUGAAAAUCCCAUUACUUGACAAGUAUGGUGGAGAAGCAAAUACUGUUGUGGUCAACAUCGAGAAGCCUGAGCAAAAGGGUUUCGUGACAUACAACUCGAAUGCUGUAGAGGAUGUUGAAGAUGGAGAAGUUAUCGGCAUAAUCACCUUGGAAGACGUAUUUGAAGAACUUCUGCAGGAGGAAAUUGUUGAUGAGACAGAUGUUUACAUAGAUGUGCAUAAAAGAAUACGUGUAGCUGCUGCUGCUGCAGCUUCUUCAGUUGCUCGAGCUCCUUCAACUCGUAGGCUUCAAAAGCCAUCCGCAGUCGGCCCGGGCAAGCAAUGACCGUAUGUGAAGAAGAUGACAUGGUAACGACACAGACGUGUGAAAAUGAUUCAGAGUGUUUGUAUGUUGUACAGUGGACUGAGUUCUAUGUCUAAAUGGACAAUUGUUAAAGGACAAGUGAGAUGUUUGUAAAAGUAGCCAAUACUCAUGAGUCGAUAUAGCCUCCUUUUUGUAGAAUGAGAACUCUCAAGCCAAUGGUAGUUUCUAUUUAAAAAAAGAA